UCUGGACCCUCCACGUGGGAGUACGAGGUAAAUAUUAUAUUCAGCAAAUCCCCCCCGUCUCUCCCCGAAAACCCCCUCCCACCCUAGAGAAAAGCAUAGCGGGGCACGCGUUCCGUCCGCGCGGGAAAAAAAAUAUUGCCUCAACACCAGCGCAGAGAAAAAGCAACACUUGGGAGAGAUAUACUAAACGCUGCGGUUUGCUCUAGACUCGCACGCCAGACCUGUCCUCCUACUUCCUCCUCGUAUUUCGUGGGGAUUGAACAUACAGUCUCGCAAUAUGUCUGCCACCGCCGUCCGCGCCCUCUCGUAUGAGAAUAUCAAUCCCCAUGUCAAGACCGCGAAGUAUGCCGUCCGCGGCGAAUUGGCCGUGAGGUCAGAGGAAUACCGAGCCAAGCUGGCCAAGGGCGAGGGCAAGGAUCUGCCCUUUGAUACUGUCAUUGCUGCAAACAUCGGAAACCCGCAGCAAUUGGACCAGAAGCCCAUCACCUUCUUCCGACAGGUCGCCAGUAUCAUGGAGAACCCGGAGCUCCUCGAGAAGGAGGAAGUGUUGACAAGCGGUCUGGGAUACAAACCGGAUGUGGUUGCGAGGGCUAAGAAGCUGCUUGCGGCCGUCAAAAGCGUGGGAGCAUACAGCCAGAGCCAUGGUGCUCCGGCCAUCCGAGAGAGCGUUGCCAAGUUCAUUGAGCGACGAGACGGAUACCCAGCUGAAGCUGACCAUAUCUACCUCAGUGCCGGCGCUUCUUCAGGCGUCAACACCCUCCUUCAUAUCAUCAGCUCCAAGCCCGAGACCGGCAUCCUCGUUCCAAUUCCCCAAUACCCUCUGUACACUGCUACACUAGCCGUCUUAGAUGCGCGUGUGGUCCCAUAUUACCUCGACGAGAGCCAGGCAUGGGGCACUAAUCUCGGCGAGAUCAAGAGCGCGUACGAUAAGGCCGUCGCUGAGGGGACUGAUGUGAAGGCCAUCGUCAUCAUCAACCCGGGCAACCCCACGGGCGCCAGUCUGCCAGCCGAAGAUAUCCGAUCGGUGUUGGAGUUCGCCGCCGAAAAGAAGCUAGUGGUCAUGGCCGACGAGGUCUACCAGACCAACGUUUUCCAGGGCGAGUUUAUCUCUUUCAAGAAAGCUCUUCGUGAUCUGCAAAAAGAGGUUCCCAAGAAGUUCGACAACAUCGAGCUUGCGUCGUUGCACAGCGUGUCGAAGGGCAUGGUCGGCGAAUGCGGACACCGUGGCGGCUACUUCGAGCUCAUCGGCUUCGACGAGAAGGUCGCGGCCGAGAUCUACAAGUUCAUCAGUAUUCAGCUGUGCCCGCCGGUCAUGGGCCAGUGCAUCGUCGAAAUGAUGGUGAACCCGCCCAAGGAGGGCGAGCCGAGCUACGAGCUGUAUAAGCAGGAAUAUGAUGGUAUCUUUGAGGGCCUCAAGAAGAGAGCGCAUGCACUCUAUGAUGCUUUCAAGCAAAUGGAGGGUGUGAGCUGCAACACUCCUGCUGGCUCCAUGUACCUCUUCCCCACCAUCACCAUCCCCGCCAAAGCCAUCGCCCAAGCCAAGAAGGAAGGCCGCGCACCCGAUGAGUUUUACUGCUUCCGCCUACUCGACGCCACAGGUGUCUGCGUCGUCGCGGGCUCCGGCUUCGGCCAGAAGGAGGGCACGCUGCAUUUCAGGACGACUUUCCUAGCACCCGGCACGGACUGGGUGGGUAGGAUCGUCAAGUUCCACAAGGAGUUCAUGGAUGAGUUCAGGGACUAGAGGCUUUGGAUUCUGACAUGGCUGUAAAUGAUUCUAUGAUUCAUGAAAUGUCGCAUUGCGGAUGGGAUGGCUCUAGCGGCGAAAGGGAACCGCGUAUAUAGAGGCCGAAUUCGAAUGAAUCUGACUCUGGAUUGAGCGAUUGAUAGCAUGAUAAGCGUUCACCUCGGAAGUGAUUGGGUUUGCCAUGGGUGCUCGGAAGGGGAGGAGAUGCUCCGGUGUGAACGGGACCAGGGCCGGGACCGUGAAUGAUAGCGGCUAUCUACACAUCCUUUCCCUUCGUUUAACAAUACUCAUAUGUUUGCCACUAGCAGUGCUUAGGUAAAGAACACGAACAUGUACAAAGGGUAAUUUAGCCUAGAGAUAGGUAUAUCAUGGCGUCGUCCCAAGCUUGCCGAAAAUAGCUAAGGGACAACUCAGAUCCAAUUCCAC